UCCGCAUUGGGUACCCCCUCUCUCCCCCCCCACUGGCGCUUUCGCUGCGGCGGCAGGAGUCGGUGAGAGCGAGGCGUUGUCGCACCUGAGGCGAAGUGUCGGGGUACUGAGAGCGGAGCCGAGUCGCGAACGUGCCCCGCGAAACGCGCGUCCAAGCCCCCCGGUCCGGUGCCUCGCCGCGCCGUGAGUUGUGAUUGGUUUGUGAGCGGCUGUGCUGCAUGAGACGAGGGACAUCACCCGGUGGAGAUUGCUCGUCGGUUCAUGGUGUGAGAGAGUUUCGUGUGCCAAGCUGCCAGCAUGCCGGUGCCGCCGCCGCCACCACCACCACCCCCUCCUCCCCCGAGUUUGUCAAAGGCGAACUCCGACCCACCAAAGCUGUCUCGCGAUGAGAACAAAGGACGUGGGGCCUUGCUGUCGGACAUCCACAAGGGCGCCCGCUUAAAGAAGGUCGUCACCAACGACCGCAGCACGCCCAUAGUGGACAGCAAGCCAAAAAGUGGGGGUGGUGGUGGAGGAGGUGGCGGCGGUGGCGGAGGAGGAAUGGGAGGGGGAGGAGGCAUGGGAGGGGGAGGAGGCCCUCCAGGGCUGGGUGGACUCUUUGCGGGAGGGAUGCCUCAACUCAAGUCUGCCGGUGGUCGCGGUGCAGCAGACUCUGGUGCCGGCCGUGCCCCUGUGAUGCCCCCUGGUAUGAGGACUCGCCCCAGCGACCAGCCAGACACUUCUGGCCUCUCUUCAGAAACCUCGAAACCUGCUGGCAUGCGGUUGCCAAUGCCACCCAUGGCCAAUCCGCCUCGUGGCAACCCACCUAGCAGCCCAUCGCCACGGCCGGGGAUGGGGCCGCCGCGUCUCCCGCUCGGCAAACCGGGAGGAGGCGGCGGAGGAUUUCCCCCUCCGCCACCUCCCGUCAUGUCCCAGCCUCCUCCCCCACCUCCACCUCACUCCAACAGGCAGAACCCCCCGCCCCCACCACCACCUGUCAGUGGCCGACCGCUGCCUAACCCACCGGAUGGCCGACCGCCACCCCCACCAGGCCCCAGCCGACACCAAGGUGCAAGGCCGAGUCCAGCAUUGCCACCGCCGCCGCCACCCAGCAGAGGAGCGUCGCCAUCUGUACCCACCAAUGGCGGACAAAGGGGGGGUCCACCGCCUCCCCAUUCGAGGGCACCGCCCCCUCCAGCAAGGGAACAGCCAAGAGACAACUCGAGCAAGUCAGGUGCCUUGCCCCCUCCGCCCCCUCCACUGAGGUCCGACCCCCGUGGGCCGCCUCCUCCCUUGCCGCCCUCCCGGAUUGGACCGCCGCCGCCCCCCCCUCCACCUGCUCACAUCAGCCAUUCGUCAGGGCCUCCUCCCCCUCCACCACCAGCACACAGGAAUGAGAGUGUGAACAAGAGAGAUGACUUUGAGUUGAGGUUUUCUUUCCGUCCUCUCAAUGAACUUCCACCUCCAGAGCCUUACCAUAACUUUCCGAAGAAUUACCCCAGCAAAGCGGUCAAAGGUGAUCGAUAAGUGUUGUCUCCUCCACCGACCCCAAAGAUUAUUUGUUUUCAAUGCCUUUUGUAUCCUGACCUGCCUGGAAUCUGGGAAAUAUGGUGUAUUUUUAAGGGCUUUUUUUGGUAUUUUCUUGAUUGUGUUGUUUGGUUUCCAUGCAACACUUUGUAAUUUCAGACUGUUUUAUUAAAAUACAGAAUGCCUCAGUGCCUUUUGUUUUAUUUUACCAUGGAAAUUAAUGCUUGAUGUAAAUGUAAAAAAGUACCUCGACUGCCUUGUUUUCUUGAAUAGCCAUGGACAGAAAUAUAGCAAUUGUUUAAUACACUUCUGACAGUUGUGCUAAUUGACUGUUUCCUUUACGCUAUUGUAUUAACAAAGUUGUGCGUGUUAAUAUUAAUGGUGAAGCAAUACUAACGUUCACUUCUAAAAUGCUGUACUUUUGUGCCUACCGCUUUGUGCGUUAUGCCGAGUAAGGCAAAAUGCACAUAAUGAUGCGACUAUAAAACAUUAUCCUGUUACUGCGUUCCUUCAAGGGUACAGGAAAACGUGAAAUGUGGCUGACAAUUUUUCAGUGAAUAUUUUAUCGUUCCAUCUUGUGUUUUUUUUUCCUGAGAAAAUGAAGCUUGAAAACUCUUACCUACAAUUUUAAUGUGGCCAGCUGAUAUGUUCUUUUAUAUGUGUGAGAGUUUACAGAUUCUUAGAGUCUGUAAUCUGGUAUAUAUGUCAAAUUCAGUCAAUGUAAAAUCAUGAAUGGUUUUCGAGGCAUGCCUAGGGGGAGGUGCUGUGCUCGACACAGCGAAGUCUGCAAAACUCCCAAAAAAAUGUACGCCUUGAUUUAAAUUUCUAGACUUGCUACCAUAAAGCCUCAAGUAUACACAGGGCAAAUAACUAGUACAAUGCUAAAUCAGAAUAUUUGUUUAUACUGGAGGAAUCUGAUGAGCUGUGAAGCUCUUUUGUACACAUGUCACGGUGACAUGCUACCAAUAGAAAAGAGGACUGCUUAAUUAUAUGCACGAUUGACUGCAAUGUGAGUGGCGCAUGCAGCGCAUUCAUGAAUAUGCGUCUCCUACCCACUGCUGUGUUGUAUUGUGGAGCACCGAGCAUUCGGGGAAAGAUGAUUUUAGUGUUGAGGAUGGGUAGGACACACAGUACUGUUGGCUAUGAUGGAAUACUCAUUGGCCCGUCCACCUAGAGGAGUUGGAAAUUGUGGUUCCUAGUAGCCUAUGUGAAUGGAAAUAUACCAUCACGUUCAUUGCACACAUAUCAUGUAUAAUUUUAUAUUUUAAUUUUAUGAUCGUUUCAAUAGCAAACAUGCCUUCAUAUCUUUCUAGCUUACCUUCCCAACAAGAGCUGUGUGAAAUGGAGGGUGAAAAAACAACUGUUAAACAUUUUCUAUCUAUUUUAUCAACAUUAGCAUCUCGACUUUGCAACUGUGGGCUUAUUAACGUGUACUGUAUAUUGAAUGUUGGGGUGGCAUGUAUUUGUGCUUGUAAAAUAAAAUCAAAUUUGAACACUGAAAA